AUGCCUUUCGCCACUUCGUAUCAGCUGUCGCAAGUUAGUGAUCAGCCUUCUUAUGUGAAGUCGCCGUCAGCUGAAAGCACGGCGGGCACAGUAGUAACUGCUGGUACGGUGGCUACGGCAGGUGCCUCGUGGUCUCGUGCUUCCCAUGUGCGUUACCCGGGUUCCGACACUGGUUCAGUCUCUGGCGAGUCCCGGUCAUCCCAAAGGAAUACCAUACGUGAUACGCAUAAGAAUACAGAAUCAGCUCCAGCGCCUCAGCAUGGCAUGGGGGCCCAGUAUUUGGAUCCUGCGCCUUACGUGAGCGCUGUUGGAGUACCAGCAGCCUUGCCAUUGUCUAUACCGCCGCUGCCCAUCGUGGUUUCACCCGAUCAAGCUCAGUUGCAGGAGCAGUUGCAACGGAAACAUGAGGAAUUACAGCAAAUGAUAGUCAGACAGCAGGAAGAACUGCGGCAGGUAAAGGAACAACUACUACUAGCACGGCUUGGCAUCCUCCAGCCUAUUAUCAAUGUUCAAGGUCCAUACGUGCAUCCAGAGGAUAUACAAGAGAACCAACGGCUACCGGCACAAAUAGUUUACGAGGGGGGCACGCCUAGGGCGGCCAUCACCGGUUUUCCACCUCAGCAUCCGCCACAUUCGACCAACCAUCAUCAACAUAUGCCUCAGUAA